UAGAAAAUAAAUCGUCUAUCAGCUUCCGAUCCGAGUCUCUUCGAGAGUGAUACGAUAAAGACCUGGACCCUCGUAUGCGAACCGGUUGCUCUAUGAUGUUAUAGGACCCGAUACCGCAUCGGACGUCCCAGACCUGUGAAGAUGCCUCCACACAUUGGUCGUCGAAUGCGCGUCUUUAAGACAUAGUUAAUGAACCUUCGAGUCGGCCCUGGCGCAAUAUCCCUAUCACCCGAAGUCUCGAAGCUACACUUGGAGUUCGGUCUUUCAAGACUCAAUGGGAACAUAUAUCCAGCCCAAUUCUUCUCCAAAUGCCUCAGCACGCUGAAAUACCAUAACCCGGCCGUCGCCAUGACUGUCAACCGCUUCCAAGACCCCACGAAAGACUCUCGAAUGUUCAUAUAUUUCCGCGAAGGCGCCAGAGUGCCUCCUCCUCCGCCAUCCGCCCCUCAAUUCCAAGGGACAUCCGACUCUACCGCCAAAUCGUCCGAGCCGUCAGAACCCGACCAAGCCAACUCCCGCUACAUCCUCGAUAUGAAAUACCGACAUUGGAGCAAGAUCCUCCAGGAAGUGCAGGAUAUCACGUCCGCGCAAUCGGUGAAGCAAACCGAGGAAGAUCGGAAGCAGCAGGCGGAAAUUAAGAAGUUCUUGGAACGGAGCGCCGAUGAUAGGUACCGGGCAGCGGAAACGAAGAAGCGGGAAGACGCGGAGCGAGAGUACAUGGCCAAUCUAGCUUGA